UAGAGUUCUUUAUUUAUGUAACACCAUCCACCAGCCUUCAAGAACAUCAAGCUUGCUCAAACGUGCGGCGACCAACAGCUGAGCCAAACGUUCCGUGACCCAGCGCUCGAGCGUUUUCCGUGGAAGUGCGCCUAAUGGUAGAGAUGACGAUGUUGAAAUGCUCAUUGGUCGUACUAACAGUAGCGAUAUGUCACCACCAAGUAUUUGCCAAGAAUAAAGCACUAGGCACUCUGUACCGAUGGAAACAAAUAGACUUUGCAUACCCUACUGAUGACGAGCGCCAAGAAGCGAUAAACUUUGAGGAGUUUAUACAGCCCAACGUGAUAACACUGGGUAUAGAAAGAUGGAAAGAAAGAAUAUUCCUCAGCACCCCUCGCUGGAAGAAGGGGGUUCCGGCCACGUUGUCGUCGCUGCCUUUGCACAGCAACGAUGAGUCUCCCCUACUAGAACCUUAUCCCUCAUGGGAUUGGCAUAAUGCGGAAAAUUGUACGGGCUUCACUUCCGUGUUCCGAAUGGCUGUCGAUCAUUGCGGUGUUAUGUGGGUGCUUGAUUCUGGCCAAGUAGAAGCCUUCGAGACUCCGAGACAACUGUGCCCGCCCACACUGUUCGCCAUCAACUUGGAAACAGACAGUGUCGUUGGAAAAUAUCCAAUUCCCAAUGAAUUUGUACUACAGAACUCUUUAAUUACGAAUAUCAUAGUUGACUCGAGAGAUGCGCUUUGCAGAGACCUCCACGUCUACAUCGCCGAUGCCUGGCGGUUUGGGCUUAUUGUGUUUAGAGAAGAAGAUGAAUCAUUCUGGCGAUUCAGCCAUUACACAUUUUACCCAGAGCCUUUGCUAUCAAAUUAUACUCUACACGGCUUGAAUUAUCAAUGGUCAGAUGGUCUUUUUGGAAUGUCCCUCGGAAAGUUUCAAUCUGGGGAUAGACCUUUAUACUACCAUUCAAUGUCGAGCUCGCUCGAGUUUGUUGUAAGCACUGCGGUGUUAAGAGAUUCGGCGCGAGUGAGCGAUGCAGUGGGGGAAUUCCGGCUGCUCGGCGAGAGCCGCGGCGCCGAGGGGCAGGUCUCGGCCGCAGCCGUCGACCGCAACGGUGUUAUGUUCUACAACCUCAUUUCACAGGACAGUAUCGGAUGUUGGGAUACACGCAAACCAUACCAAAACAACAACUUGGAUAUUGUAGCGAGAAAUAACAAAACACUAGUGUUUCCAAAUGACUUGCGGGCAGACCAUGAGGUUCCUCAAAAACUAUGGAUCGUAACGAAUCGUUUACCCAUGUAUCAAUUUAAUUUGAUAAAUCCUGAAGAAUACAAUUAUAGGGUCAUAUAUUUAGAUCCUAUAAAAGCUGUACAAGAUACUAUUUGUCAACCCUCUAUUCCUGAGUAAUAAAUGGACGUAAAUUGA